GUCAUCAUGACAUUUUGGCGCCAAAUUCGUCGUCUAAUUUUUGUCAUUCGUUGUGUUGUGAAUUCUCUUGGCAUACUUACUUGUUAUCGUGAGAAUCAACUUAUCUAUAACACGCAAAUAAUAAAUAAAGUACCCUGUGUUUACUUUAAUAAUAUUUUACUAUCAGUGAUAAUGUCAAGUGUAAAAUCGGUCAGUAACAUCGCGCGCACGGUUCACAGAAGACCUUUCAGGGUAUCUAUUGAAGGUAAUAUUGGAUCAGGAAAAUCAACAUGCAUCAAAUUCUUUGAAAAAUAUCCGGUCCUGGAAAAACAUCCUGAACCCAUAAAUGAAUGGCGUAAUGUCAGUGGGCACAACUUGCUGGCACUCGUUUACAGUGAUCUUGACAAAUGGACCUUCCCUUUCCAACACUAUGUCCAUCUUACUCGUCUCAAAAUACAGACGAGUCCUCCGAGUAAUCCUAAAAUUACUGUAAAAAUGUUUGAAAGAUCUGUGCAAAACAGCAGGUUCUGUUUUGUUGAAAAUGCAAAGAGGCAGGGUUACCUACACGAUGCAGAGUAUCAAGUUCUAAACAAUUGGUACGAAAAUGUUUCCAAAAAUCUCGACAUUAGCUUAGAUCUUAUAGUUUAUUUGAAAACCUCACCCGAAGUGGUGUUCGAGAGGAUGAUAAAGCGUGGCAGAACAGAGGAAUCUGAAGUGCCUUUAGAGUAUUUACAGCAAGUUCAUGAUGCUUAUGAGAACUGGUUGAACUCCACCGACGUCGGUUGCGAGGUGCUGACAAUUGACGCUAACCGCAGUAUCGAUAUGGUGAAAGAAGAUUUGGAAAGAUAUAGCUACAAAAUACUAGGAGGAAAUCAUACAAAUUGACUAAAACGCUUUGACCCCCCCCCCCCCCC